AUGAUCGCCGCCGUUGGAGCACCACCGUCGGUGGAGGCCCGCUCCGCCGUCGCCGUCGCCGUCGCCGUCGCCGCCUGCUCCCCGCACCGCCGCCGCACCGGGCCCACACCCUCCGCCGGCUGGUGGCUUCCUCCUCCCCCGCCGACCAAACGAAUCCCUCCAUGAAGCCUCCUGACCUAAUCUUCAAAUAAAAUUGAGCCGUUGGGAUGUCUAUUUUGAUUCAAUUAAAUCGCCGAAUUUAUUUAAACAUCGGAUGGUCCCACGUUCGGUGGGCCAGCCCACCAGGUGGGCCCAUGUGGAUAA